GUACAUAAUUUAUAUCAAAAGCUUUAUAUACGAGAAAUAAAAACAUCACUAUAUAGUUUACAUCCCCGGAGUGUAAUGCUGUCGUGUUCGCGUGAUAAUGCUGCGGCGGUAAUGUUCUGUAUAUGGUUCCGUGCCGUUGUGUGGCGUUUCCCAUGACACAUAUGAGAACGAGUCCUUUAUCAACACAAACUGUCUCUGCAUCAUCUGAUGUGACUUGUUAACUAAGGAGUAGAAUUACUUAGCUAGCGUGGCUACUAUUUGUUGUAUGGACCAUUCAACAGUUUGUGCUAUAGAUUCAUACAUUUGACCAAAUAUCCAGAACAAAACAACACGACAAUGAGUUGCGUACUGUCGGAAAAUACCGAAUCUCCAUAAGGAUGAAAAGUGAUAUUCCAAAAUGGUACAGAACAGAUACAUACAGAACUUAUAAUCAUGAAAUUGAGUACUUGGAUGAUAUGUGUAUGUGUCUGUUUACAGAGCUCAAGCGCAAAGCUUCCUGAAGCUCGGCUACAUGAUGACAUACUCUACGGUAUUGACCCAUACGUACGGCCUGUGUCAGAUGUUACAAAGCCAGUUAACGUCAGUGUGGAGCUUUUCCUGAUUUCCGUCAUUGAGCUAAAUGAACGUGAACGUUCCAUGUCAUCAUUAAUUUGGAUUGAGCUUCGCUGGUUUGAUGAACAACUAGCCUGGAAUACUAGUAAGUAUGGCGGCAUAGAUAGUAGUCGUGUUCCUUUCAAUCGUAUAUGGACACCGGAUAUACUGCUGCGCAAUGAAAUCGGGAACAAAAAGGGAAUGCAACAUACUAAUUUUAUAGAUCCAACAGUAAGAUCGACUGGAGAAGUGUUUUGGUGGCCUGGUAAGGAAGUAAAAACAAAAUGUGAAAUCGAUACUACUAAAUACCCUUUUGAUGAACAGGAGUGUACACUGGAAGUCGGUAAAUGGUAUUCUGACGAUUCCAAGAUUAACAUUUCUUCAGAUACUUCGAAAGUUGAUAUCAGUUUUUAUGAGGAAAGCGAAGAGUGGAAGCUUGUAGAUACUGAUGUUAAGUACUCCACGCGCCUGGAGUCGGAAUUGAAAUUUAGUAAGAAUUUGUUCAUUGUCAAAAUUGAACGCAGAUCAACAUUUUUCAUCGCGAAUAUCAUUCUCCCGGUCCUACUUAUGUCCUUUCUGAACCAAUUAUGUUUCGUGUUGCCUCCAGAAAGCGGUGAAAAGAUAGGAAUGUGCAUGGCUAUCUUCCUCACAUUUGCUGUCUUUCUCUCGUUGGUUGGAAACUCACUUCCGCAGUCGUCGAUCCAUAUGCCUGCCUAUUGUAUUUACUUGGUUUUCCAGACUAUCCUUGGCAUCCUAACAAUCUCGUCCGAGGUGUUUAUUCUGAGACUUUAUAACAACCCUUGCUGGCAUGACUCGUGUUUUAGUAGAUUCGCCAUCUUUGUCGCUCCGUUACUAGGAUUAUCACUAGGACCAAUUACCACUAAGAACGAAGAAGACAUUGUGGAAACAAAAACGUCGAAAGGUUUUGCCGAAGAGAUUUGCCGGAAAGUCGCUUUGAAACUGGAUUGUGUGUGUGGUUGGUUAAUGCUGUGUUGUAACUUAACAUUUACAAUUGGAUUUUUCCUGUUUGUGAAUGUUUGAUUUUUGAUACUAUAAAAAAUAGAUAUUUAAGCAGUAAUUGUUUUUUAGCGCUUUUCGCUCUAAAAACAUUCUGCCAUUUCAUAAUUGUGCUAAUUUUACUUUCUUUUUAUAUUUUCUACGAAAAGUAUUUUUAAUCAGCUAAUUCAUCAGGACGCUAAUCUGUGUAAAUAUGGUUAUACGCUAAAAUUUGAGUACAGCAAAAUUUCAAGUUUACGGUAAUUGAACUGACAUGUACCGAUGCAAGAAAGAGUAGCAUUACAACUCUUCUGUGUAUCUUGUUAGUUAGCAAUCCUCUUUUUUUAAUUUUUUUUUUAAUUUUUCAUUUAUUUAUCUGUUUAUUGAUAUCUUUUCAUUACUAAAUUGAGAGUUGUAGUUAUUUUCUAUAGAAACUCCUCUUCACUUCACUAUCAAGCAGUCAUUCAUUUUUUCCGUCUAAUUUUGCGUGUACAAGUAAUCUACUAUAAGUAAACAGGGUGUUGUGUGACGUGGAAUGUCUAUAUCUGAUAUUGAUGUCAAAAUUAUAUAUGGUAAUGUUGCAUUUAUUGUGGCUGCAGUUAUCAACACACACACAAAAUGGAAUUAUUCAUAAUCGACGAAACAAUAAAGAAAUCAGCAUAACAUAAAUAUUUCAUGUUGAGCAGCAUAACAUAGAUAACUCGUGUAAAUCAGCAUAGCAUGAAUAAUUCAUGUUAAUCAGAAUAGCAUGAAUAAUUCAUAUGAAUCAGCAUAACAUGAAUAAUUCAUGUAAAUCAGCAUAGCAUGAUUAGUUCAUGUUAAUCAGGAUAGCAUGAAUGAUUCAUAUGAAUCAGCAUAACAUAUAUAAUUCAUGCUAAUCAGCAUAGCAUGAAUAAUUUAAGAAAUUCAGCAUGACAUAAAUGAUUCAUAUACAUCUGUUGAUGAAGAGAUUUGUUAUUUAUUUUAUGUAUUGCAUGGUUGAUCUCCAAAAGGGGCUGUGCGUCGGUUUUAUACUUUUAAUUAUAUUAAUGGUAUAUGUUUUCAAGAGUGCAAAAUACAAUUCCUCAUCCAAAAUAUGAUAGUGGAUGUGAGGUUUGAUUUAUAAUCAGGUAGGUGGAAUAACACAAGUAAGGUCAAAGUAAAGCGACAUUAUAGUUCACCAUUACUGACGGAUGGAACAUAUAAAUGGACUUCAAAGGUCAUGAAUAGUUUCGAAAUUCAAAUGGCGCGUGCCUAUUUGUAUAUAUAGUAAAACUCGUAUGGUUCGACUUAUCUGUGUCAGUGUGCAUAGGGAACUAGAAAAGGGCAUGUAUACCGAAUAAGUGCUUGAUGACAUUGUCAAAAAUAAGCAACAAAAAAUACAUGAUAACAUGUAUUCGUUUGUUUAGUAAACAAUAAUAAGCACGGUUAGAGAUCAAAGCAAAAUAUAUGUACAUGUAUAUAAUUAUCUUUGCCAUAGACACGUGAUUUCCACACCGAUAAUCGUACACAUUACAGCAUGACUUCUAUGAAAUCGAUAUAUUUAGUAUAAGAAUAUACAUUCAAAUGUCUUAUGCUUAUUUGUAUAUAAAUUGAAUUUAUAUAUCUACAUUCUAUGUUGCAUUUGCCUAUAUGUCGGUAUUAAAUCUAAACGCAUUUUCACUUCAGUCACAAAAAAUAUAUAUAUUGAUGUACAGUGAUAUAAAUAUAAGAAUUGAACUGUUACCUGAUGCUAACGGCGACAUUCCAUGUACCUGUCAUCAUUGUAUACAUAUUGUCUUAUACUACAACUGGUAGCUGUUCAUUGUCAGUGUCAUCUAUAUUGGGCUGUAUGUCCAUUUGAUUUUUAAGAGUUUUAAAAAAACAACUAUAUAUAACAAUGUUUUUUUUCUUACUAUCUUCAUCAUAUAAACUUUCAUGUUAACAUUUUAUAUAAGUGGUCCUUAUGACAUUUUCUCCAUUCACCACAAUGUGAACUUUUUCAGAAUCGUCGCCAAUAUUUCCCAGCGAUGGAAGAAAACCUGCAUCAUACAUGUGCCAGUUAUAUUCCUUGAACCAAUUUUACAUACAAUAUUUGAUAUUGUUAUAAUGUUUUAAAAACCUGUCUGCGUUCAUGAUCCUAGUAAAUAUAUAUAACGAUGUCUUUGUGUUACUAAUAGCUUUCUUUUUGAGGCCCAGUAUCAAUGUAAUGAUAAAUGAGAUUCUUUAUGAACAGUUGCCUGUAUUAAUAUUGUUAGACCUCUUAUAUGCUUGGUAUCAAUUCCAAACACCGAGACUCAGUUGUUUUUCGCACAAAUUCUGUUGAAUGUGCGUCCUGUUAUUAAUUAUUACAAUGUACUUAUUACAGUAUCUACUCUUCCUCUUGAAAAUAAAACUUUAAUUCUCGAAAAAA